GUGAUCAUGCUCCUGGAAGCCGGCGCCAACAUUCAGGCUGCCGACGAGGAUGGAAUGACCCCCAUUAAGCUGGCUGCUCUUUUCAAUCAGCUCGAGGUCACCCGCGAGCUCGUCGCGAGAGGGGUGGAUCCGUCUCCGGCGUUGGAGUUGGUGAAGAGGUUCAGUCGAUGUGCCAAGACGGCGGCGUACCUGAAGGAGGCUGUGGCCUCCUCCACAGCGGCACAGUGA